UCGGGCGGAGGUACUAUGAACUUCUCCGAGGUGUUCAAGCUCUCCAACCAGCUCUGCAAGUUCUCGCCGGACGGCAAGUACCUGGCGUCCUGUGUCCAGUACCGCCUGGUGGUCCGGGAGGUGAACAGCCUUCAGAUCCUUCGACUGUACACGUGCCUGGACCAGGUUCAGCAUGUCGAGUGGUCGGCCGACUCCCUCUUCAUCCUGUGUGCCAUGUACAAACGGGGGCUGGUGCAGGUGUGGUCUCUGGAGCAGCCCGAGUGGCACUGCAGGAUCGACGAGGGCUCCGCGGGGCUGGUGGCCUCCUGCUGGAGCCCUGACGGGCGCCACGUCCUCAACACCACCGAGUUCCACCUGCGGGUGACCGUCUGGUCCUUGUGCACGAAGUCCGUCUCGUACAUCAAGUACCCCAAGGCCUGUCCGCAGGGCAUCACCUUCUCCCGCGACGGCCGCUACCUGGCCCUGGCCGAGAGGCGGGACUGCAAGGACUACGUCAGCAUCUUCGUCUGCAGCGACUGGCAGCUGCUGCGGCACUUUGACACGGACACACAGGACCUCGCUGGCAUCGAGUGGGCCCCCAACGGCUGUGUGCUGGCGGCGUGGGACACCUGUCUGGAGUACAAGGUCCUGCUCUACUCCCUGGACGGCCGGCUCCUGGCGGCCUACUGUGCGUACGAGUGGUCCCUGGGCAUCAAGGCGGUGGCCUGGAGUCCCAGCAGUCAGUUCCUGGCGGUCGGGAGCUAUGACGGGAAGGUGCGCAUCCUCAACCACGUGACCUGGAAGGUUCUCACUGAGUUUGGGCACCCCGCAGCCGUCAGUGACCCCCGAGUGGUGGUGUAUAAGGAGGCCGAGAAGAGCCUGCGGGGGACGCUGGGCCGCCCCGCGUGCCCUCCACCCAGGGCCGCCGAGAGCAGAUAUGAGAUCGCCUCCGGGCCGGUGUCCCUGCAGACUCUGAAGCCCGCUGCUGACAGGGCAAACCCGAAAAUCGGCAUAGGCGCCCUGGCCUUCAGUCCCGACAACUACUUCCUGGCCACGCGGAACGACAACGUCCCCAACGCCGUGUGGAUCUGGGAUGUACGGAAGCUGAGGCUGUUCGUGGUGCUCGAGCAGCUGGCCCCAGUGCGCUCCUUCCAGUGGGACCCGCAGCGGCCCCGGCUGGCCAUCUGCACGGGCGGCAGCAAGGUGUACCUGUGGUCGCCGGCGGGCUGCGUGUCCGUGCAGGUGCCCGGGGAAGGUGACUUCCAGGUGCUUGCUCUGUGCUGGCAUUUCAGCGGGGACUCGCUGGCCCUCCUCAGCAAGGACCACUUCUGCCUGUGUUUCCUGGAGACGGAGGAAGGGGCUGGCACCGCCUGCGGGCAGCUGGGCGCCCACACGUAG